GGGUUUUUUUAUUCAAUCAAUUUCUCAACAGACUUGUCAAUGCUAGACUGAGCAAGUCUUAAGUACACCUGGCAUUGGUGCAGCAAUGGAUACAAAAAAUGGCAGUGCUGUUUCAUCUUCCAUCUCAAGUGCCCCAUUGCCUUUGCAAAGCCACCAGAGGCAGCACAAUAACGCUGCCCUUGGAAGCGCCCGGAGACAGGCUCCCCUGCAGCCUGCUGCUGCUGCUGCUGCUGCUCCCUGCUCCAGGAUCUUGAAAUCAUCUAGCCCUCAUGGUGAUGUCCACCUCAGCACGAGCCAGCCAGUGACUUGCACCAGUUCAGCUCAUGGUCGCGUGGAUACGAUUAUAUCCAGGCUGGAUGGAGCAACAACUCCAGAGAAAAUAGAGCUAAGUCUACUCAAGGCCGCCAGCCCACACCAGCCAUCAGUCACUUCGUCCACUUCAUGCUGUGCGGCUCAAAAUACAAACAGGCUUCCCUGCAUCCCCACCACAUACAUCAGCAACUCGCCUGCAAACUCAGGAAAAAAAUCAGCCAUGAUGCGGUCUGUUGCUCCUUCAACUGAUGCGUCUGCUGGCGUGGAUACAUACACUACCCAGAAACUUUUGAGUUCACGGACCAAGGAUUUGUCCGAUAAUGCAACUAAAUUAUCAACUAGCCCUCAGGCACAUUCAUCAGCGAGUCAAAUGAAAAAUAAAAAUCCUGUUGUUGGGGAAAUUACCUGUACGAACAUUGAUCUGUGUCAGAAUUCAGGCAACUCGAAUUUAGCUUAUCAAGAUAGUGCAAGAAAAGCUGGAUCUUUUUCACAGACUGGGAAUAUUUCUCCAUUUGCUUUUGAAUGGAGGUUUGAUCGAAAAUAUCCUCCUUCUACCGAUAAUUCAUGUCCAGUCUUCAAUGAGAAUGAUUCUUUAGAGUCUUUGUGUAUUCAAAAAGGUAGUGUUGCUGAUGUCACAAGUUUUAAGAAGAACCAAAUUAUCAUAUCAAAUGUUACCCCCUGCGAUGAAGCGGAAGAAAAUGAAAUCAGGCCCCUGAAAGGGGCCAGUGAAACAGCCGCUUCUCCAGUGGUAGCACCUGAGUCUUUGAGGCAGCCAUAUUAUUCUAUAACUCAAUGUCAAGAAUCAUUUACGACUAGUACUCCAACUGAGGCAAUAAGGCCUCAAUCGUUGCAGUCCAACAUUAUUGUACACAUUAAACCUGAAGCCAUUUCUUCUGUAGCCCCUCGGAAUCCUCACACGGCUCUUCAAAUGGAAUUUGGAAAUCGAGGUUCUUCCAAAAUUGUUUCUGAUGCGCAAGAAACCUCCCCAAACCUAGAAAUGGCAAACUCUAGUAACGUUCCAGCCGACAUACGUAUAAAUAUGCCGGAAAAUUCACCAGCAAAGGAUAAAGAUUGCAAUGCAGUGCAGAAAAAACCAACAUCAUUUUUAACGGAGCUUCUGUCCCAUUCGUCGAGUCGGCGCUCAUCAAAAACAUCAAAUAGUUUACUGAAGUUUUGGGUUGGAAAUAAAUUAAAGAACAAGAAACAGGAAUUUGGCUCUACCAUUGCAAUGGCGGGUUCGAACAGCUCAAAUAGCGACUCUAAUGCAUCAGAGAUGUCAGAGAAGUCCAGUUUGACUCAGGGACUGCUUCACGAUGCUCCCAGGAGUGGCCAAUUUCCUACUGGUCGUCUGGAGAGCAACACCAGCACUUUAGGGUGUGGAGAGACGUGCAGUUUGCUGGCCACUGCCCCUCCGGCCCAAUCUCACUCCAGCUGGUAUGCAGGAAAAUUUCGUUGGCUUAAAGGAUCAGUGCACUCUCGUUCUGGUCAAACUACACCUAGCGUUCCUGAUCAGCCACCAGCGCCUUGCAACCCUGAGCCCCCUAUGGUGCCAGACGCGGACCAGGACGACGACGAGGCUUGGUUUGAUAGCGUAACGAAGCUCAAUGAGGAGUGGUUCAAACCCGGCGCCGUCACGCUAUUGUCCUCCGACAACGUCGCCCCAGGAACUUUCCUCCUGGACCGCGGCGCGACCGCUGGUAUCAUCGAUACCCCCGUCGGCAAAUCUGACAUCGCCGCCUUGCGCAGCGGUGUGCUGUUUGACGCCGGUCAUGGGUAUCGUGAUAACCAGCGAACGCUCUCUUCUGCGCACAAUUCCACCACGACUGACCUGCUACACUUCAAAGCAAAACAGCUGACAUCCAAUAGCAGCCUUGGUAGUCUCUCCUCCCCUCCGAAUAAAUCUGCUGCUAGGGCAAACGCCUCAUCUCCAGAGCUCGUAUCUCUGAGCAGUCAUCCAAGGGGGCUUAGUGAUGGCUACAAUUACAGACCUCUUGUUAGUGCUUCUAUCGCCUCCAGCAAUGCAAACAAGUCGCUCGGGUCAGGACUCGCCAAUAACAGAGGCAACAAUAACAUCCCCCUACGCAAACUGGUCCACAUCAGAGCCGGUCUGCGAAGACCGCAUUUGCAGAGGCGCUCCCACGCAAGUCUUAUCAAAACCAACAUUGAUGAUGCUGGUGCCGUGAAAGAGAUAGAGGCUGGGCUGCUGCAUCUCAUGGAGGAGUUCCAGGCUGGGAAACUCACUGCUUUCGGAAAUGACCGACGGCGACGUCAGAUGGAGGCCAUCAGAGAGCAACAGGAGAGCCUCGCUAGACUUCACCAGGAGGUCGGAGGCUCUCAGGACUUGGAUCAACCGUUGUCUGCGGAGGCUUUGGAGAUCAAUACCGAGCAUAUGUCAACUCUGAUGGAAAAGCUCGCCUGUCUGUCUGUUGCCAUCGAGAAGCUCGAGAACAACACGGCUUUUGAUCACCGCACCUCCGCCGCCCAGCCUUCGGUGAGCGACGCCCAAGUGGGCGCUGCGGGCAAUCCUCAACUCCACAGACGCGGCCCCGCAGACACUGCAGUAGUGGACACUCCCGACAGCGCUGAGCCCGGCGUGGAGGGCGCCAGCGAGGAAUUUGAAGGCGUUGUGCUACGCAAGAAAGGAGCUUCCGCGUUGCUCCAGAAAAGCCUGAGUCUUGGUAGGAAUGCCAGUUCCGGUGACAUAGAACUCAGUAAAAUCAAGAAACGCACUUCUUCUGUGGUGCGUUCUAGCAGUCAGAAGCACUACGAUCAUCGAGCCGUAGAUGUGGCGGCUGAGAACAACAGCUCAAUUGAUCCUGGGGCCACGGACGAUCAAAAUGCUAAAGCUCCUGGACGGCCGGCAUCAGUUCAUGCGUUAGGAUCAAGCGAAGCUUCCUCUGACCAAGUCAUUGAUAGUUCCCAGCACCGUCAUCGUCAUCACCACCGCCAUCGUCAUAGUCAUGAAUACCAAAAGGUUCAUCACCACAAGAAGGGCAGCAACGAAAUCAGGGAAGCCUCACCUAACAGAAAAAUGGAUGUGCGCUCAGUUCUUCCUACUGACCACACGAUCGGACCCAACGCUGAAUCUACAGAAAUGCGUGUAUUUGAUGCACCAAAUUUGGGACCGCCUCUUGUACGGCCUCCAGCUGUGCCUGCUAGAACUAACCGACCUUUACCAUCUCCCCUAACUCCUGCUAAACAGGGGUCCCCGCUAGUGACGGCUUCUAGAAAAUUGCCUUCUCCCGGACCCGUUCCUACACUUGCCCCAAGCGUUCAAUCUUUUCCUCAAAGAACUAUUAACCCCAGCGCCUCAUAUUACCACCCUCCCCCUGCUAUAGUACCCACAUCUGGUGCAGCAAUGGUUACUCCCUCGCAGGCAAGUACUACUACUGCAACAGUCAGCAUGUAUCCUUACCCUCACUCUAAGUCUGCGUCGCCGAACCCCGUCCUUCAAAGUGACUCCCCAAUCACACCGUCGCAUUUUCGUAACCAAACCUCAGCCGAUGGCGCAUCCGCCAGAGCCGCAACAGCGUUCCAUUCGUCCGUUGUAAACCCUACGAGUCGCUCACAAACUCCUCAGAGUUUGAGUUCACGCAGCCACACACCUCACAGUUCGAGUUCCGUCACCCAAGGUUCGCUAACUUCAGGUUAUCACGUCCAAACUCCGUUAAUUAUAAAUUCUCGCUACCAAACCGGGCUUAGUUCUAGUUACGUCACCUCCACUCCUCGCGUCCAAACUCCUUUGGGCGAGAGCUCCCUCACCCACGUUCCCGUGAGCGUUUGCUCUUUAACCCAAACGAGCUCAAAGUGUCCCAUAAAUUCCAGCGCACUCACUCGUACCUCCAUGACUUGCAAGUCCUCCAGCCCCGCGCUCGUGCCAACAUAUUCUUCUGCUUCCACACGCAGCGGCGUUUACUCUUCCACCAAACCUGCCACCGCAAAAUUUGACAUUUCCGAUAAAAAUUCUAAAUGGUAACUUUCAUACUAAUCGCCUUGCUAUUAGGUAUUGGUCCAUUAUCGAAAAAUCGGAGAUUUUCGUCGUUUGUUCCAACGGAAUGACUUUGAAAGCUGAUUCAUGUGCCAAAUUGUCCUGCACGGUUACUCCAAAAUUGCCGACGUAGACAUCAGCUCUUUUCUCCCUUGGGCUCUUUAACUUUUCUCCUCUUUAACUGCAAUGAUCAACCUCAUUUUUUUAUGAAUUAAAUAAAUUUAUGUAUUAUUCAAGGAUAAGUAGUAAAUAACUAUAUAUUUUUUGGUGGCUUGUCGAAGCAAUUGACAAGCUGUGUGUACUUCCUAGCAGAAAAAUAAAAAAAUUUCCUCGUACAAAUUUUUGUUUGAGUAAUUAAAUGAUUUUUCGAAACAUUUGCUUGCCAAUAAAGAGAAACAGUAUAGAUAAUAGGUUCUCUUUAGUUAUAGAAAUGUUGUGUGACAAACACUUACGCAAUAUCUCUCCAGCAAUUAUUCUUUGAGGGAAAGCGACGAGAGGUGUUAGCGACUUGUGCAUCUGCUGAGGCUGUGACUUGUCUACUAGUUGCUUGCAUUUCGUUCGUUUUUUUCUGUUCUGAUAUUAUUCAUAGCUUUAACUUAUCUUAGUUUGCGUCUAACUCUGAUAAUAUUUAUACUGAUUCCAUGAUUAGUUUAUUUUCUGGAAUUUUCUUGACAAUUUUCAUAUCGUCAUAAGUAUAUGCGCACUAGAUACGCAGCUCUGAAAGAGCCGCGACUAUAACUUUCAUUCAACUUGUUGCUCGGGUGUUCGCUUGCUGUUUUCCCCGUUGAUCUCUUCUUGGAUCGCAAGAUUCCUCAUCGACCCCGGCAUGAACAGAACAAAAUCUUACACUAAUUCUCAACACUCGACGGCAACACAUUGACCAACUAUUCAUGUAUCUCAGCGAUCCCCCGAUAAGGUAAACAAUGAUCCCCUAGUGGACAGCGAUUCAAAAUUCUUAAACUGUGGUGUGGGCUCGCGUGAAUAUACAUUUUAUUUAUUAUAGUAUUGGAUACCUUGUCGAGAGACUGCAUAAUUACUGCGAGGUGUGGGAAUUGUUCAGUUAUCCGCUGAGUUGCCAAACGUAGAUGUCGGUAAUACGAGGACUGUUCUGCUGAUGUUCAGAACAUGGACAACUUUCUUAAUAUGAUUCCAUAACAUUGAUGACGAUGUCGUAACAUGUGAGGGUAAUAUAUUGUACUCCGAAGAGACCUUAAAAGACAUCGCAGUUGAGCGCUGCAUAAUUUUAAUUUAUUACCUUCAUCUGAUGCUCAAACAACGCUUUAGUUACUGCAUGGGGUAAGAAACUGGACGGCGAUUUUUUCCAGAAAUGUUCAUACCGAGUCUACUUUUGUUGUCGAGAUGCCUUGUGUUGUGAUGUUCAGCGACUCCUUAUAACCUGACGUGGCCCAUUGAUGCCGAUUUUCAUGUCUGACAUGCAUGGCCGCCUUGUGCUUGUCGUUGUUGAAAAUUUGUUAUGUUUUAUUGAAUAUCUCGGCUGUGCUGAGCAGCUGGUGACUGGAUAAGACAAUAUUUUCGCUACGUUUUUUUGUCAGUCUAUUAUAUUGAUCAUGCUUGGAUAAAUAAUUUUUUAGCGAUAGAUUUAUUAAAAUCUACCACAAUUGCCUCAAAUAUUGUCGACUUUUCUUAUCAAUUCAUAUCCAAAAUGUUCUAAGUACGACUGGGGAGAUGAAUUGCAAUAAAUUGUUUCUCGACAAGCGUUCGAAGGUUGCAUGGUCCUGACAAGUUACGUCGAGAGCUGUGUUCUUUUUGGCAAUUAUGAAGGUGUUGAAGUUAUUUAUAGCUUAUUAUGUUCUUCCAAAAUACUGGCUUUGUCAAGAAUUAUUGAUAGGUCUUUUUGCACACGAGUUAACAAAUUCAAAUUGUAUUUCCACUUAAUUGCAUUUUUAAUUGCUUAAAUCAUAAAUGCCAUGAUUUGUGCUUACAGAUAGUAAGCGUGGCCUACAUUUUUAUGAAACGUGAAGAAUUUAAGAUUCGUUAUUAAUGCAGACUGCGUCGUGAAAUGAACCGCAUUUUGUGAUACGUCUGAGGACGCUAGUGUAACCGCCAGUCGAUAGCCUCAGUUGCUGUUAUUAUAAUUAUAUUAGGAUUUUCUUUGUUAUUAUUAUGAUUAUAUUAUGAAAUUCUAGUCAUUGAUCACUGAAGUGGAAAUAAAUAUGCAUUCCACUGCC